AGUUAUUUGCUACGAGAUGAAGAUCGGGAAGAAUUAGGUUGUAAUUUCUUUUUCUUUAGUUGAUCUGAGUGCGUUGUGUAUCAAUGUACUUUGUUUCUAGCCGGAGUUUCGGAAUAUCUGUUGGGAUAGGACUGAAACGUAAGAAAUGCUUCUUUUAGUGUUUAAAAUGCUUUUUGUUGAGAAGCAAGUGCACAUUAAAAUAUUGUUUCAGAUUGAGUAAGAACCGUGUUCUUCUUUGUUCGUUUAAUGUGAGAUUUCCAGAUGGGUGAAAUACAUUGAUGUUUUUAUAAAUGGAAAGGAGUAGGGACAGUUCGAAGUCUCGAGAGCAAGGUUAAGUGUGACAUAAUUUAUUGCUUUAUUCUUGCCGUUUCUUCUAUACAAACUCAAAACAACAGGAGAGUGUUUAAAUGAUAAACGUUCAUCCGUAAUAUUACUGAGAGCCAUAAUAAUCUGACCAUUCUGUGAAGGAAGUUCGUUUUGUGAAACUAGCAUUUAUUUAGGCUUUUGAAAUAGUUCAACAUGAAUAACAAAAUAACCAAUAAAAACCUCUUCUCAGCCAUGUCUCGCCGCAGAGUUGCUUGCCCUCAGAUCACACAGCAUCUCUGGGAUGCUAUUAAAGUAAUACGCAGUCAGCGGCAGAUACCUAAUGUGACCAGAAUAACACGGUACAUGUCCCGUGUGCAUGGGGCCAAAGAAGAUGAAGUCCGGCGCCAGUUGAACCACUGUGUCCGCGAUGGUUUGGUGCGUCUUAUCAAGAGGAUGGGAGUUAAAGGCUCGAAGAUAGGUGUUGAGCAGGAGGGGUACCGGCUUCCACAAGACACGCUGGUGAAGGAUGACCAUGACUGGUACUGUUUUGAGUGCCAUGCAGGUGGUGAUGUGAUCUGCUGCACCAGUUGUCAUCGUGUGUACCAUGUGUCUUGUCUUGCUAAGGAGGAGGUGCUUCAGGAGGAUGUCAAGAACACAUUUGUGUGCCCAGUUUGCAAGAUGAAGGAGGAGCAGAAGGACGAUAAGCCAAAACUGAAAGUUCGACAGUUGAACCACUUGUUAGGGUUUACGUGCGCUCGUCUUAAGGAGAGGCUUCCUGCAACUAUAACCGAUCGCCAGGUUCCAAGCAAGAGCUCGUUUAUAUCGGACCGGUCAGGGGCACUCAGCCAGCUGGCACAGCAGAGGAGAGCUAGCAGUGGUUCCAUUCCAAGUGACCAUCCAGCGGGCCUCAACUUGGUAAUGGAUGAUGCUGACCUCUGGCGUGUGGACUAUCUCAUCUAUAGGCCCAUGGACCUUCGCACCAUGGAGAUCAAGGCUUCCAACAACAAAUACCGCAGCCUGCAAGAGUUCCGUGCUGAUGCUGAAACAGUUGUUCACAAUGUUGUCAUUUACCAUGGAGUGCACAGCAUCCUGGCUGACAUGGCACGACAGAUGCUGCGGGACUGUAUCUAUGAUUUGCAGGAGAUACGACAGUGCCGUGAUUGUUACCGUGUCUCCAAUGAGAAGACAGACAAGCACUGGUUCUGUCAGCCGUGUCGCCCACCACAUCAGCUCGUGUAUGCCAAGCAGAAAGGUUUCCCUUACUGGCCUGCUAAGGUGAUCAAAAUGGAUGGGGAACAUUAUGAUGUUCGGUUCUUUGGAGGACAUCACCAGCGUGCAUUGAUUGAGAAGUCCCACAUUCGCUCCAUCUCGGUCAACAUCCAUACUCUGCAGGUAAAGCGCACCUCCUCUUGGAACAAGGCUUGCGAAGAACUGAAGCGCCAUCAAGAUCUGCUGGAGAAAUUGCGCAACAAUGCACGUACUCAUCCUGACUCCAGCUCUGAUGAAGAGGAUGAUGAUGAUGAUGACGAUGACGACGAUGACAACAAUGAUGGUGAUGGAGAAGAAGAGAGUGAGUCUGAGAGUCGUCCACGUAAAUCAUCUUGCUCCCAUAAAUCCCAGGAGGGAGUUCGAGAGCGCAGAGAGGGGAAGGUGUACAAAGAAAAGACUGAACAGAAAUUGGCAGCAGAAGUAGAGUUGGGGGGUAGGGUGUCACCUGAGGAAGAGGAGAGCUCCAUUUCAUCUACGAGCAAGCCAGUGACAGACACGAAGGAAGGAGUAUCCCAAGAAGACAUGGUGAGUUCGUCCUGUCAGGAGCCUCGUUCUCGUUCCGUUUCUGUGCAGACUUCGCCUCGUCUCAUAAAAAAUUCAAAUAAGAAGUCGGGUGCUCUCAGAGACUCAACAGACAGAUCAAGCAAGGAUGUUACUGAUAAGUUGCGGUGUGAAAUGGAGGCAGAGAAGCAGAGAGCACUGCAAGAGCUUGAGGAGCAGAUGAGGCUGGAGUUGCAGGACUUGACAGAGAAGCACAAACAGGCAAUUUCUGAGAUCAAGAAGAAACAGUGGUGCUACAACUGUGAGAGUGAAGCUAUCUAUCACUGCUGUUGGAACACCGCAUACUGCAGCAUUGAAUGCCAGCAGCUUCACUGGCAGAAGGAGCACAAGCGCGUCUGUCGUCGAAAGCGCUGAGAGGUGGGAGUACUCUAAAUGUAGGUGCCACACGUACAAAAGUUGGAGCAAAUCAGUGAACCCAGUAUUAAAUAUAUGUGUAACAUGAAGUUCAUGCCGAAUUCUCAUGUUUGAAACAUGCUUUUUGCAGUUUCUGAUGCGCACUUAUUAAGGUGCAUGCACUUACUAGGGUUUUUAAAAAAAUAACGCCUG